UAAGCCUUUUUUGGCUUCCAUUGUCGUUGUCUGAUGAUGAUUCAAAAAGUAAAUUUGUCAUAUUUCUUCUCGAGUAAAAUUAUUUGAUUCAUUGCCGAAAUAAAACUUUGUUUUAGCUUUAGCCAGAUAAAAUUUUCAAAUUUCGAGAUACUCAAGCCCGCCAAGGCAACAUUUUUAAGUGUCUGCUACUGCUCCGGCGGUGCCAAACACAGAUAUUGAACGUUCCCACUUCUGAAGUUCUGAAAUAUAAUUGUGUACUUUAUUUGCCAAUGCCACAAAGGGCCAACUUUAUUUUCACUUUUGGCCCAGUUAAUCUCCACUUUUUUAUUAUUCUCAGCAUUGGUAUUUUAGUAUCACUACGUUAAAGAUAAAUGUAAAGCUGGAAUGUCAGUGAAGAAAGAGAGGUGGUCUACACUAAAAGCAACUAAUUUGUCCGCCAUCGUUACCUCAUAAAAAAGCUGAUGACAGCAAGUGAAAAAUAAAUUUAAAAGGAAAAUUUUUUUCUGUUAUUUACACACAAAAAAAUAAACAACGAUCUUGUUUUUUCAGCUAGGUUUGUUUAUACACAAUCAGCGCCAUCUUGAGAAAUCCGUUUUAAAAGUCGCAUUGCUUUCAGUCAUAUCCGAGAGAGAGGAACUCACACCCUAAGGACACUUACAUUACCUUCAAGCCGACUGCAGAUUCACGAUCAUUUAAACCACUCGGCAACAUAGAACACAGGCGUCGCCUUGUGUACCGGACAUUUGCGGCGAUGGAGUCCAUUGGAGGGGAGUGAAUUACGGCGGACAGGGCUGCUGGUCUCUUGCACUAAAGAAAAAACGAUUCGUACGCCGUAGCUGCGCCAUUUUGCGUCAACCAUCCCUCUUGACCUCUGCGUGUCAACCAGAGAGCCAUGUGAUUGCGUCGAAGACGUCCCGUGACGUCAAAAUGGAUCGUCAAAAACUUCGUCAGCAGCAGCUGAAUUGCCGUAGUUUGGAUGGCGAUCCGAUCGGACUUUCUGGUGGAGCCGAAGAGUCUGUAAUCACUCCACCCAAGGAUUUUCAAGAUCAUCUGGCAGACAGCUGCAGCAUAACGUCCAGCAUAAGUGAUGGAGUAGGUCUGACGGUGGUCGUUUCCGGUGGCGAUACGACGGAGACGAUACUUGAGCCGCCGGCCAUGUUUCGACCGCCAGCAAUUCGACUCAGACCCAAGACGGAACUGUUUUGGACGACGGAGCGACCGGUUUGGCCGCCUCUCCUUCCGGCUUUGAAUGAGUCGACAAGCCAAGUUUUUAAUGAAGAAUUGGAACGGCUUAAAUCACACUCACUUUUUCUUCGCUUCCCGUUGGACGGCGCCGCCCGCGUCCAUUAUCGAUCAUCUAAAAGCGUCGUCGUCCAAUCGUCCACCGUCAAUCAAUACAGGGUCCGAACGGAAGAGACUACCGAGGCCAAUUACCCAUCCGACGAACUCUAUGAUGCUGUGUCGGAAACGGAAAGUGAGGAAGAAGAUGAUGAAACCAGUAAAGGAGAACCUACCGCCAAUAGAAGAGCUCACGGUAGUCAUCGGGUAUCAGCUGCCCGACUCUCCUCAUCUUCGGGAUUGUCUUCCUCGCAAGCGACGACAACAUCGUCCACAACUUCGGAUGCCGACAGCGGAAUCGACGGUGUCAGUCCUCGUGUUUCUGCAACGGCUUUCGGUGAAGCGACGCUUAGUCCGUCGCAGAGCAUUUUGUACAUUGACAGCAUCAGUGCUCGAAACAGUGUCGUGCACGAUAUCCCUGCGGAAGAGCAGCAAACAGAUGAUUCCGUCAACCACCCUGAAGAGUCUUCCAGACAUCCGUCUGACGAAGGAUCGUUUAACGAGCCGAGGGCUAGUAUCCUAGUCGGAGGAGAAGGAGAUCCGCGUCGGGAUCGGGCGCAUCGCGUCGCCCUAGAGCUUUUACAAACUGAACGGACUUAUGUUGACGUUUUACACUUGCUUGACCAGGUGUUCCAGUUCCGGAUCGACCAGGAAAACCGAGCGCAUGGAAUGUUUGCCCAGGAUUUGAUUCCGCAAAUGUUUUCCAACAUCAAAUCACUGUUUAAAUUGCAUCAUGACUUUUUCCUGCCACGACUUGAAGAACGUCUUAGAGAUUGGGAAGAACAGGAGCAAGAAGAACGACGUAUCGGCGACAUCAUGACCAGUUUUGCUCCAUUUCUCAAAAUGUAUGCGGAAUACGUUCGCAAUUUCGACCACGCAACGAAUCUAAUCAGCAGCAUGAGCUUAAAAUCGCCACGUUUUCUUGCCAUCGUUGAUGAAAUCCAGCAAUUGCCUCAGUGUGGCCAUUUGAGUCUUCAGCAUCACAUGCUGACACCAAUCCAACGGGUUCCUCGCUACGAAAUGUUAUUACGUGAUUAUCUGAGGAGGCUGCCUGAAAAUUCGGCUGAUCGAGCGGAAACCGAGAAAGCGCUCCAUUUGGUGUCGACAGCGGCUAAUCACGCCAACGAAGCUAUGAAGAAGAUUGACCAGUUUAAACAGCUGUUAGAGAUUCAGGAGAGUUUAGGAGGUGCCGUUGAUCUCGUCUCGCCCACCCGCGAACUGGUGAAAGAGGGCAAAAUCGUCAAAAUAUCGGCCAGGAGCGGAGACCACCAAGAACGUUAUCUCUUUCUGUUUACCGAUUUGCUGUUGCUGUGCUCGCCACGUCUCAUUCCUAAUCGGGUCAUUGGCGGAGCGGGGCUACCACCGUACCGUGUUCGUGCCCGUUUUACCGUGUCCAAUGUGGAGGUGUUGGAAGGUGACAACCUGGAAACUGCCAAUACUUUUUACUUGCGCGAGGGAGCCAAAACAGUGGAACUGUAUACGGGUACUCAGGAAGAGAAGGAGGCUUGGAUUGACGCCCUCUAUGCUGCCAUGACUGAAUUGACUCGUCGUAAAUCGUCGCUGCGGAUCUCACCCAUGCAGUCACAACAAGUCAGACCACCCUGUUUAGACACGGACAUUAGUGAUUUACAGUUGGGGAAGGCGGCCCCGACGUUAAUUCGUAUGGAUGCGGUUACAAGAUGUUUCCACUGCCAGGGACAGUUUUCCGUCAUGAAGCGCAAACAUCACUGCUACUCUUGCGGAAGGGUGGCCUGCAAUCGGUGUUCCAAUCAUAAACUUCCUCUGCCGUAUGAUGGCACCAAAUCGUGGAGGGUCUGUGACCCCUGUCAUGAAGUCUUGAUUUCGCCUGGACGUCGAGAGACGGCCUAUAUUUCACCUGCUACUACACCCGAGUUGGCUCCUUCACCUCCCAGUCUACGGUCAAGUCUCUUAGAGGUGGACGUGGAGACACCCUCCGUUCUGAGCGGAUAUCUGAGUCUCAAGACUCGUGGCAAAACGUGGCAGAGGCGCUGGUUCGCCCUGCGUUCGGAUUUUGUGCUUUAUUCGUAUCGGAGCCAUCAGGGCGAAAGCCGUGCUAUGACAGCCACACCAGUUCCAGGAUUCGCCGUCAGCCUGGUUAGCGGUUCAAGUAGUUUGCUGGCCGACGGAGCCAGUCCUAGUCACCUGCAAACCGUUCUUGAUCAGGCUAGCAAACUGGCAACUUCUAACGGCGACGGAGGAGGGAUGAUUUCAGAACGUGACAGAUCUUUUAAAAUGGCUCAUGUCCACAAGAGCUACCAGUUCCAGUCAUCGACUCGACAAGAAGCUGAAAAGUGGGUCCAGUUCCUACAAAUGGCUGCUAAAGCUGAUUUGCCAUCUCCAACAUGACGCCGUAAUGAAAGCGACGCAAAAUACCAAAGAUAUUGUACAUAUCCUUCGAUUUAAAAGAAAAGGUAUUAAUCAAGCAUUGUUUUUGUAAAGCCUUGUAUGUAGGAUUUGUUUAUUGUAGCUUUCUUUUGUUUCAACAUGCAACAUCUGCUGUACAUAAUUUUUUGUCUUGGAUUGCACACAAACUUACACCCCUCUAUACGCUUCCGAAAUGUUGUAAUAAUCGAUUUUCUUAGACGAGAAAGAUAUGGGAUGCUUGUUCAUUUUUUUUUUUAUGAAUCCCAAUUUUUAUAUUAUAUAACGAACCACAAUUUCCUUCGCCGCUUGAUGUCGAACAUCGUUGUUAAACCGCAUUUUUCGCAAUAAUAAAAAGUUUUGUAAAAGAAA